GAAAACAGACUGUUUGUCCUGCGCAGGCCGCCGUACUAACUCAGUGACGGCUGACUGGCAGUGUUCUGCAGCUGCUGCUAUAUAUAUUUAUAUUUUGAUAAAGAAUUCAUGGAAUAAACCUCGGAAGCAAACUCAGGUCCCUUUUUCUGUGACGUCAUCACGGUUGUGCGUCCCCCUCAUGAUGACGUCACUUUGUUGUUGUUCCGUGCAACUCCCAGUUUAGUCUGGUGUUCCCAGCAUCAGUGCCACUGUGUGUUUGAGCAGAGAUAUGAGUGAUAUCCGUCACGCCCUGCUGCGGCGAGACCCUCUGAGCGCGGCUAAAGAGGUCCUGUACCACCUGGACAUCGCACUGGGCAGCUCACUGCAGAAUGCCCCGGGCCUGGACAAGAACACUGUGGACCUGGUGGAGGAGUUCAUAUUCCAUGUGCCAAAAGACCGCAACACACCGCGCAAGAGGAUGAGCUGUGUUCAGGAGCUGCAGCUGUUGGAGAUCAUGUGCAGUUAUUUCCAGGAGCAGAGUAAAGAUGCAGUGAGACAGGUGAUCUUCUCGGCGCUCUUCAGUCUGCAGGGAAACAAAGCGGACGAGAACCGCAUGGCCACACUGGGAAAACUGGUGUCCAUGGCAGUGGCCGUGUGCAGAGUUCCCAUCCUAGAGUGCGCUGCCACCUGGCUGCAGCGUACUCACUCUGCGUGGUGUGUCCGGUUGGCGUUGGUGUUGGUGGAUGAUUACUGCACGUUGGUGCCAGGGUCCAUCACCACAUUGCAGAACGUCUGUUCAGCCAGUCCUCGCUUCUGCUGCCAGCUGAUCACCGCCGUCACCGCUCUGUACGACUUCUCCUCAGAUGAGUUAACUCCGCCCCCUGCACUGUUGGACAUGGUGGUUGGUUGGAUCACAGAAGACCCCAGACUGCUCCUGUUGACCUUCAUCAACACUCCUCUGACCCCCAGUUUGCCACUGGGGUGUUUGGAGGUCACGCCCCUCACAGGUCUGCUCCGGUGGUGUGUGAAAGCGCCACUCGCCUCUCAGAGAGCCCGCAAGUCCGCAGUGACCAGCCCCCAGCUGGAGCAAGAGAACGGGGCAGUGUGUGAAGAGCUGUACUCCAAACUGCACCUGAGUGUUCUCCAGGUGUUCCUCAUGUUGCAGGUGCACCUGACCGAGCAGAACCUGCUGGGCCGUCUCGCCGUGGUGCAGGUGGAGUCCGUGGCCACUCUCGUAGAGGAAGUGAGCGGUUUGGUGGAGGAACUCAACCCUCUUCACGCCGCCAAUCAAAUCCAGCUGGCUCUGGAUAGGCUGGCCCAGGCCCUGCAGGUCGCCAUGGCGACAGGGGCCUUGCUGUGUUCCAGAGAGGACCUGAGGACUCUGUGCUCCAGACUGCCUCAUAACAAUAUGUUACAGCUGGUCAUGUCCGGUCCGGUGGUUCCGCACGGUGCUGCGUUCCAGCCAAGCGUGUAUCCCUACAUCCACCCCGCUCGCCCCACCCCUCUCUCGCCCCACCCCGCCAUCCCCGCCCUCUCUCCUCUACCCGCCCACCCCGCCCUCACCACACACCACCAGCUAACGCCGCACACACCACACUCCCCUCUCCCCCCUCCUCACGCCUUCCACCCCGCCUCCAUGGGCUUCCCGUACCGCCCCAUCCGCUGAGCCGCGACUCCACGCCUCCUGCUGGAUUUUAUAUGAGCGUGAGAUCGGAUCCUGUAGCGUGAGAUCAGAUCCAGUGUGUGAUGUAAUGAAACAUUAAUCAGCAUGAACAUGGAGACAUUUCUCCAGGGCUAACGUCAGCUGGACAUGUUUUGUUUUUUUUGUUUGUUUGUUUGUUUUUUUACUUGACCUGUGUUCUGAAAGAGGAACUGAGUUUUUUUUAUUACUGUAAAUAUUUCCUAAAGCGCUGUGACGUGAUGGAGUCUGUGAGGGUUUUUUCUUCAUCUUUUUGUAUUUGUGUUGAAAUGGUGGAGUGUCCAAGCUGACUGAAGGUUCAGAACAUGGAUUUUUGUAUAAGAAUUCUAGUUAAUAAAAUGAUUUUUCCUGCUGUGUGUUUAGGACAUUUACAUUUUUGUCUAAAAACAUCAUUCAGAAUGAGGGGUUAGAGUUUUACACGAAAUUCUCUUACACACAGUCACGCUCUCAGCUCCAUCAUUUUUUUAUCCUGACUUUAAGAAAGUGAAGAGUUUUGGGACUUUCUGGGUCUGAGUGGUCAUUAGUACAGACUUGUGGAGUCUCAGUGAUCUCCACGUGUGUGUGUGUGUGUGUAGUCUCCCAUAACCAUUACACCUUUUGGAGAAUGUAAAAUAAAGAAUAAUGAAGUAA